AUGAUUUCAGGCGCAGCGCAAGAGGUUCCGCCCCCGCCUGCGGAACAGACGGCCCGGGAUUAUCAUCAGCGCCUCUACACUGAGGUCGAGACCGCCGCUCUCAACAACAUCCAGUCGCGGGCCUAUCGCGUGAUCAACGCGCGCGCGGUCCACUGUGCGUGCAUCUGCUUUGAAAAGAAGCAGGCAGAACGGCUAGUACCCGCCGGGAACAACGAGGUUCAGGUUCUUGCUCCGUUGCAUAUCCCAGAGGAGCUGCAGCGCAAAAUCUUCCAGUACCUAAAAGCCAGCGAGCCGACCCGUCCCGCCAACCCGGAAGCGAGCGGAGUGACCUCCAAGGCACAGGAUGCUGCGAAAGCCGCCCUCGGAUUCUCAAUCACCUACUUCGACACUGACAUCAACAGAUUCCAACAACGUACCGUCAACCUGAGCCCGACCAAGAUCACGAAGUCGCUGGCGGCGCAAAAUCCUUUUGAUCGCCGCAUUAAGUACGAAUUUGAGUACACUGUGGACCCCCUGACGGGACUCCAACUCAACCUGGCCAGCGACCUAAUCGCCUCCCACAACGCGCGCAAAACCGACGGGCGGGACGAGAUCGAAGAAACGGAGAAAGGCGUCUCGCUCACCUUUGCGGUAGCGAACGACGGAGCCAAGGUGUACGGAACCCGACAGUUUCAUAACCUCAUGCGUGUCAAGGGACGCGUCGGCACUUCUAUUUUCCGCAGAGACCUCAGAGACAGAGCAGCCGGUGGUGCAGCUGCAAAUAGUACUAGAAACGACCCCCACCAGCGGCGUCCCUACCGCUUUGACUUCGAUGACCUCGACUUUGACCGCGACCCUCAUUUUCACCGAGACGAGGACGAGGACAGCACGGCUUCCGAGGAUGGUGACCAAGAUGCGGAGGAAAAGUAUGUCCCACCGUCGGACACCCGCGUCGCUAUUCGCAUCGCCGGGAACGCCAGUGGGAUAUUUGCGUACAGCAACGAAUUUUAUUACGACCUGGACGACUUUCGCAAAGCGAUUGACCAGCACGACCACGAUUCUGCAGCGACGUUUCGUGUCACGUCUGUCACGAUCUCCUUUGAUGUCUCCCAGCACGAACCCUCGCGCCACUACGAAAACGCCACGCGGGCGGCGAAGUUGUUAGGUCUGUCGGUCGAGGACACGGUGCCGGUACAGGAGAUGGAGGACGACGAACUUGAGGCCGCCAUCAUAAACGAUCCGCAGUUGGGCGGGUUGCUACGGCUCAUGGGGGAAGCAGGUGGUGGGCCUGGGCCCGCUGCCGCGGCUGAUCAAAAUCGGAACGGCGACGGUGGUGCGCAACAAGGGCAAUAAUCUUUCAGGUCGACGUCGGCGCGGCGACGAGUACUAGUUGGCGUGAGCUACGGUGAAACAAGUAGACAAUAUUGAGAAAGAACGCGAGCUGAAAGUAGACAGGUAAAGGAUACACAAAGCCUUACUCUUCGUAUCUAUAUGCUUUGCUAU